GGCAGAGAAAUACGUCACAGCCUGCACGCCCAUGCGCACUGUUGGCCACUGGCUAGGAUUACACUAUACCCCAAAAUAAUUUGAUGACAAAUAUCCAAUAAACAGUAUCGACCUAUGGUAUUGGAUAAUGUCCCACUAAUAGAUAUAUUUUUGCAGUCACGCGCUGAACAUGCUGCUGUUUAUCCUGUUGAGUACUUUCUUCAAUAUUCCUCUUUCCAAUACGGAGAAUGAAGACUUCCAGAGAGUGUGUGCUGGCCGGGAUUUCCGUUUGCCUGUCUACUCUGCUUCAAGAAUAGUGACUUUUACUCCCAAUUACCCCCCAGGACCAAGAAGAGUGCUACUGGAUAAAAACGAUGUGAAGGACCCACGGUUCGAAUGGACCAGAGACCGGACGUUACUACUGAAAGAAGUCACACACAGUGACCAGGGGCUCUACUCGAUCAAACUUCCCUCUGGGUUCACUUAUGAGACUGUACGUCUCACUGUCUCAGACUGUAUAAAAAGUGUCAGACGGGGAUAUGGUGAGACCUUCCAGUACAGCAUCCCAAAAGAGGGCUCCCUCCUGGAGUUCGUACCUCGCGGCUCCCCUCCAGAGUCCCCGCCGGUGGUCCUGUGGAACCAGUCAGACCCUGAGAGCGCUGUAGGAAGCCGGGGUCGAGUCCAGCAGGACGGGAGGGUCUGGGUGGCGGAGAUGGUAACACAGGCUGACAUGGGAAACUACACUGUCCGCGACGACAACGGGAAGGUCCUCUCUCGGAGCACCCUUGCCGUCCAUGGACAUACCUUUAAUGUUACCCACUUCCCCAAGGAGUCUCUAAACAUCCCCCUCUUUCUGCCCCUUCCCCAUGCCCACCUCAUUUUCACCCCCACCCCGCACCAUGGCGACUCUCCCGUCUCCACCUUUGACCUUUACCCUCCCCGCGGCCCCAUGCAGCUGAUCCGUGACGGGCAGAUAGUGGAGCAAGACGCCCGCUACCGGAGCCUGAUCUCUAUCAGCAGGAACAGGGGGGUCGACGAGGUGGUCAUCUCCAGGCUGAGUGCAAGGCACGAUGGGUUGUAUGAGAUCCGAGAUAGGGAGGGGAAUCUGGUUUCUUCUACUGCCCUCCAUGUGAUUGAGAAGACGGCCAGGUGGAGAGCGGUCCUGAAGUCCAUAACGGUGCCUUCCGGACUGUUUGUGACCCUGGCUGGUUUCAUCCUUUUCAUGAAACGUUUUCCAAGCUGUGGCGUUGCCCAGAUCCUUAACGGUCUGAGGGCUCACCACCCCCAGGCUACCAACCCACCACGUAUCAACAUGCAGGACUUCAGCCCCCCCAGUCCCCAGCACUCUGGCGUAAAUAACCAGCCUGAACUUCCCAUGACCCCUACAAAAUGGAGCUCCAGUCCUGUUCGUUCGGGCUACACCCCAGUUUUGGACAGAGAGCCCAGGCUUUCCCCAGGGCUUCUUAGAACAGGAGGCCAGGUCGCAGACAGACAGAAAGAUACCAACAACAUGCUGAGUGCUGAGGACCCAGACAGCAGGAAGAGGAGGACUUCCAUCUCUGUCCCGGGGGCGUCCAACUGCCUCCGCCCAUCCGGAGACUGCGCUCAGUUCCACAUAAAAAAUGAGGGGGAUAAGGAGAGAUGGAGCAAAGCAACAGACUUCUUUUCUACUCUUCCGCUGGACACCGAUACUUCAGGAACAUGCAGUGUUUACACUUCUGACAAGCUCAACUUCUCCUAGACACAGGAGUGGAGCAGGAAGAGGCGAGGAGGAGUCAUAAGGACAAAUGUACAGAGAUGCAAGAUCUCUAUCAUACACGGUGAAUAAAUGGUAGUAAUAUGCUUUCCUCACGAUAGUGCCUUCAGCUUCCGAACCUUCCCAGGGCUGGGCUGGUUUUAGAGUUGCACAAUGUGAUGCAGCGCCGGGACUUUUUAAAUAGUUUUUCCCCCUUAUUCUUUUACUGACAAGAUUUGCAGUUUUUUUUUAGAUAUUUGUAUAAUGCCUCAUUCACAUGCUUCUCUUCCCAGGCCCAGCUGCCUCCUACCUCAAGACCCUCAGGAACAACUUUACAUGUACGCUAGCUGUACAUUUGCCGUCGAUGUGCGUCAUAUUGUAGAUUAGGGCCUGCUUUAAUCUAGCGUCUUCGAGUAGAAACACUGAUCCAGGACCAGUUGUGCCUUUUGAAUGAGAUGAUGUGGACAGGCUGGAUCCUGACCCUGGAUCAGCACUACGCUAAAUAUGGGUCCAGGGCUUCCCAAUCCUGUUCCUGGAGAACAGCAUCUCUCCAACACAAGUAGUUACUGCUCCUGAUUCAUUAAUCAGGAGCAGAAAAGGGUUGGAGAGAAUCUUCUGGACAGUAGGUUUCCAAGAACAGGACUGGGCAACAUUGCUGUAGAUUUUCAAGAGUUACAAUUAGUAUGUAAAACAUAGGUGCAUGGUAAGGAACUUAAGUUCCUUAAACAUAAGUUAUUAAACAUUGCUAAGAAGACAGUGAUACAAUAUUUACAUACAUAUACUUUGUAUACCGCCACCUGCAUGCGUUUGCGACUUCUGAUCAAGAAGUGAAUUAGUCAAUAGUAAAAUAACACAAUCAGAAAUAUUUUGGGGGUAAACAAUUUCGGAAACAUUAAUGCCCGUUUUUGCGCAUUAACACUUAACAUACAGUUAUGGAAAGCUAAAAUGGCAGAUUAAGAAGAGCAAAUAUACAAAUAAAGUAUAUAUACAGAUAGUCUGAAAAUAACUUGAUUGUUUACUGUUGUCUUACUCUUAACAGUGUCCCUGUUUACUGUGUUAAACUGAGUUUAGACAAAUAUUUUCUGACUGUUCUUGUUUUGUGACAUAGCAUUAAUGUGACUGAAUAUUGACACGAGAUUAUAACAAGAAAAACAACUGAAUUU